AUGUUCAUAAGUCUAGAUUCGAUUAAUAUUUGGAUAACAAUAACAACACCAACAGUAACAGCAGCAGCAGUGGCAGCAACAACAAAAGCAGCACUGAUAUCAAAAACAAUAAAGUUUAACAGUAGUUUGUUAAAUGAAACAUUCAAUAAUUAUAUCAAUACUGAAAAUGAUAAUGAAGAAUUAGUGCGAAAAUUUAUACGCUUAAUUUUUAGUAUAUCCUAUUUUCUUCUUUUUUUAUUUGGAACAAUUGGUAAUGGGAGUGUUAUUGUAAUGAUUGUUAAUGUGUUAACAGCAACACGAAGAAAAGGUUUAAAUUCAGUUCGAGUUAAUCCAAGCAACACUUUACAUGUUUUUAUUUAUAUUUUGGGUUUGUCAGUGGUGGAUUUUUUGGUUAUUAUGCAUUUGCCAUUUUUAAUCAUUGAUUUAUUAUAUGGACAAUGGCUAUUUGGUAAAUUAAUGUGUAAAUUUUAUUGGUUUGGUGAGAGUGUUAAUAAAUUAUUGAGCAGUUUUAUUAUGACUGUCCUUAGCUGGGAUAGAUAUUUGGCUGUAUGCUCGCCAAUUAAAUCCAUCAGAAUGCGAAGAACAACAGUAGCAUGCUUCGUUUUAUUGUUAUGCUCAUCUUUAGCGGUAAUACUUUUGUUACCUGUUGUAAUGAAUGCAACCGUUGUACAUGUUGAUGUUCAAACAGGUAGCCUUAUAAUAGGUAAUCCAAACGAUGCUUUACACUUAGAUUAUCAUAAUCAUAAUCAUCAGCAACACAAACAUUAUCAUCAUCAUCAUAUAACACAAACAAAAUGUAUAUUUGAAGAAAGCAAUCCAACAUUUAUGUAUUAUACAUUCGCAUGUGGUUUCUUAUUACCAGCUCUUUUAAUUACCUAUUUUUACUUAAAUGUAAUUAUACAAUUGCAUAAAAGUGUUGCAAAUGUUCAUCGGCAUAGUUUUAUCACUAAACAGCGAAAUGCAAAUAUGCGGAUAAGGCAGGUAACGAAACGAAUUGUUGCUAUGAUUUUAUUUUAUUUUUUCUGUUGGCUGCCACAUUGGGCACUAAAUCUACUGGCUCAUUUUGAGCUUAUUGUUGUAUCCUGGUCAACCUUAACAUUAUCAUCAAUUUUUUUUGCGGCGCAUUUGUUAGUUUGCUUUAAUUCGGCUGUAAAUCCAAUCCUAUAUGCGAUUAUCAAUCGUGAAUUACGACAACAACACACAAAAGCUUUAAUUAAACGUUGUCGAUCAUUAUCAAAUGCUACCAGUACCGCUUUAGAUGCAUUGAUCAAACAUUCUCAUCACCUUGUGGAAUGUGCUGGACCGUUACACUGCAAUUUUGAUGCAACGAGUGGCUAUGAAAAUCAACAACAUACAAGGAAAGAAAAGAACAAUUCACCUUCAUCAACAACAGCUGUUCUACCAUUAUGUUCGCUCAGUAAUCCGACAAUAGCAGUUGAAAAUGAUAAUGAAAUUAAAAUGGAUUUAUCACCGCCGAAUUAUUUACAGCGAAAAAUUAUAAAUGAUAUGAAUGAUAUUAAUAGUUCAUUAUUGUUUUCCAGCAGCUCAUCUUCUAAAACAGUUGAUAUCAUUGGUAUAAUACAUCAAUCACAAUUUAUUAAUUCAUGUUGCACAUUGAAAUCAAAAAAAAAAAUUGAUUGUAUGGAUUCAUUUCUUUGA